AUGUGUUUGGGGAAACCUAGGAAGAUUCGCAGCUCGUCGCUUCUUACAUCAACGAUUUCUUCGAUGAAGCCCUGGUUGACACAUCUAGAUAUGCAGGGCGAACACCCGCCGCUAAGUGCUGACGGGGACCUACUGAACUCUGCCGACGUCCCAGGCCCAUCGGAUUAUGAGUAUAUGAACAGUGUUGAAGACUUCAAUGAUCUUGGUUAUGUCGACGACAUCUUAGACGAUGUGGAUGAGCCCGCGCACAUUUCCGGGCUCAAUCCGACUGUGAUCGAUAACGAUGCUGCAGUGUGCAAUUAUGUAGACGUUGUGCCGGAAAGUUCAGUGCCACUGUGA